AUGGCAACUCAAGUUUAUUUUGAAAGUGGUAACCAAGCAUACUUUGGUAUCCAACCAGAAACAGGUCAAAAGGGUGGAAUGAUCCUUUACAGUGUCUUUGGAGAGAAUAUUACCUCUACCCAUAAAUACUGUAAACCAGGAGCUGAUACUGGUCCUGGGAUCUCUUGCCAUCAACCUUUUGAGUGGGUAGAGAAUAGAAACUACACUUUAUCAACUACAUUUAUUGGUACUUGGGCCAAUGGAUCAACUGUUUGGCAAGGAUGGUGUCGUGAUGACGUGACACAAGAAAAGACUGAUCUUGGUCAAUAUUCUGUCCCUAAAUCAUAUGGAUUAUUAAGUGGUCAAUGUAGUCAAUUCCUUGAACAAUUCCUCCAUAGAAGUCAAGUUUUGGAAAAGCCAUUAGUUUGUACGCCAGAGGCUGGAUAUUCCAUGUGGUAUCCCGUCUUCGACAAGUAUGGAAAGAGUUAUACUACUAAUGAAUACUCUUAUACUCCUCCAGGAAUAUUUGAUUAUUGCGAGAAGCAACAAGGUAAACCGGGUACAAUUGUGACUGCUAUCCCAGGACAAGCUGGUUGGAAUGUUGAACUGGGGACAUUUACUCCUUUAUAUCCUGUUGAUUAG